GAGUCAGUAGCCUGGAGUCGUGAGCCGGAGUCAGAACUGCGUCUCACAACUCAGGCGCCGGUUGCCGAAGGGGACCCGGCGAGCGAUGCUGCCGCCACCGCUUCCUGAUUGGCUGCGGGUGGCACCCUCUUCGUUCUGAUUGGCAGCUGGUGACCUGGAUGAUGCUGAGCAAGGGCCUGAAGCGAAAGCGGGAGGAGGAGGAGGAGGAGGGGAAAGAAGCCCUGGCAGUUGACACCUGGUGGCUGGAUCCUGGCCACCCAGCAGUGGCACAGGCACCCCCAGCCGUGGCCUCCAGUUCCCUCUUUGACCUUUCGGUGCUCAAGCUCCACCACAGCCUGCGGCAGAGUGAACCAGACCUGCGGCACCUGGUGCUGGUAGUGAACACACUGCGGCGAAUUCAGGCGUCCAUGGCACCCACAGCUGCCCUGCCACCUGUGCCCAGCCCGCCUACAGCCCCAGGCAUAGCUGACAACCUGCUGGCCAGCUCUGAUGCCGCCCUCUCAGCCUCCAUGGCCAGCCUUCUGGAGGACCUCAGCCAUAUUGAGGGCCUGAGCCAGGCUCCCCAGCCCCUGGUAGAUGAGGGGCCACCAGGCCGCCCCACUGGGGGAGCCCCACCCAGCUUGGGUGCCUUGGACCUGCUCGGCCCAGCCACUGGAUGUCUGCUGGACGAUGGGCUUGAGGGCCUGUUUGAGGACAUUGACACAUCCAUGUAUGACAGUGAACUUUGGGCACCAGCCUCUGAGGGCCACAAAUCCAGCCCUGAGGAUGGGCCAGGCAAGGAGGAAGCUCCAGAGCUGGAUGAGGCCGAACUGGACUACCUCAUGGACGUGCUGGUGGGCACACAGGCACUGGAGCGGCCAUCAGGGCCAGGGCGCUGACUCCCCCAGAGCUGGGAUGUUGAUCUGGUGUCCAAACUGAGCCUGGUGGCUGGACCAACUCUCCUUUGAAAGACACAGCUGGCUUCCCUAGAGAGGGGCUUUGGAGAGAAAGAAUCCAGUCCUGGGCAACUUCACCUCCGCCCUCUGGUCUCUGGCUGAUGGGGGUAGUCUGGAAUUGGCCCUUGUGAUGAAAUGACAGGGCCUGGUGGCUGGAAUGUGACUGGACCAGGCCCACUGCUGAGUCCCUGGAGGCACAGCUUGGUAUACUCUUUCCCUGAGGUGGGAAAAGACCCCAACCAGUUUUUUUGAAAUUAAAGCCAGUCGUGGGAAGUCUCAA